AUGAAUAAUCGCUUUGUUUUGAUUAAAUAUCGACCUGAUUAUGAGCUACCAGAAAAAAUGCCAAUAGUUCACGAGGCUUUUCUGGACUUUUCUUGGAAUGAUACAAUUGAACUGAUUUACACAAGUGCACCUGGACCGUCUGGAUUUAUGUGGCUUUUCGGUCAAGCAAUUGUUGGUCAAACGAAAGAUAUGUUCUGCUUACUUGGUUAUCAGAGGACAAUAAUGAAGGAGGCGAAAAAAUCGAACAUUUUUAAUAAUUAUGUAGGUUUUCUUUGCCAUCUUCCUCGCGAACUAGAAUUCGGCGACAGACUAACUAUUAUGAAUGGAGAAAAAAUUGUGAAUUCGGUUGCACGGUACAAUCCACAGCAUUAUCAGGCAAUUGGAAAGCCGCGAUAUUUCCUAUGCUUCGUUACAACCAUUAGAAAUAUGGCAUAUUUAGUUGAUGAAUGGUAUGAAUAUCACCGUCGUGUUGGUUUCGAUCAUCUUAUCAUUUAUGAUAACAAUUCAACAGAUGGUCUCACAACAUUGUUUACGAACCGAGCUGAUCUUGAAAUUAUCCGAUGGCCAUGGAGACGUUCCCAAAAUCAAGCAUACACUCAUGCUUUGUUGUUCACAAGAGAUCGAUGCAUUUGGACUCUGAUGUCUGAUCUUGACGUUUUUAUAUUUCCUCGAUCAUCAAAUUCAGUUCGAAGCGUCAUAGAAAACCAAGCCAGGUCAGAUAUUGCCCAGAUAAGUUUCAAAUUACUGAGAAUGUCUCAUGAAAAUCUCGUCAACUGUACUAAUGGUUCAAUUACAGAAACUUAUAUACACCGGAAACGAUUGCCCGAUGCUUGGGAUAAGAGUUCAUCUGCAGCAUUUAUCCCCUCACUUGCUAUACCGAUGCAUCGAAUACACGAAGCACAACUAUUGAAACCAUACAAGUCGAUCGUAUUAUCAUCAGAUGUUGCAUAUGGCGUUCAUUAUAGUGAUCGUUGCUGGAAGCAAUACUUUCUUCAAAAAAUCGUUGGUCGAACUGGUGUCAAAGACUGGAUUGUACCAAAAACCAUUAAUAUAUUCCGUCCAAAUGAAAGCUGGCGGAAACUAUCGAAAGGGGCAACAAUAAAAGAUAUUGAGUUUCGAGACUUCAAGCGUAAGAUAAUGCGAAUGUCUAUGCCAAAACCUUUUAUAGUUCGAUGA